AUGUUCUCAGAAAAAAUCUUAAAAGUAGAUCUUCAGAAAGCAAGGGGAAAAAGUCAAGAUUCACCUCCAAUAGCAACACAUCGUCAUGUUUCAUUAGCUAAUAUAGCUACAGCAUUUUUAAGUGAACGAAAAACAACAUCAAGACGUCAAAGUAGUGGUCGUCGAAAAAAACGAUUAACAUCUAAAGAUAAAAGAACAUCAGAUUCAAAAUAUCAAUCUAAUUAUUCAAAUACAUCUAGUAAUGCCACAGGACAACGAUCAUCAAUGCAAAAUAUGGAAGGUGGAAUAGCAACAAUUUUUAUGGCUAAUGUUAGUACAAAUACUAAUAACAAACAUCGAACAAAUUUGGUAAUAAAAAUCAUAAUUUUUAUUGAUUUAUAG